CAUGGUUUGGGGGGAAAAAAAAGCCUGCACUCACAAACUAGCCUUUUCUGGGUAGGAUUGAGUAUGUGAUAAUGAACAGGUGAAAACAAACUGGACCUCAACAAGACAAAAACAACAACAACCUUGGAUCAGUAAUGUGGUGAGGCACCACACCCCGAGGCUCUGUACCCAGCCACAUCCAACGGGACCGUGAACCACAGGAUAUUGGAGUCUGGGCCGGCUGCCGCACCACCCGUUAACACGCACGACAUAUUGGCUCAGGUGAUGGAGAGGCUUCGGGGCCAGAAGGCGCAGUCCUGUAAGGAGGGCAGGAGAUGGAAGACAUUCAACCAAAUCGAUGGUGAGACACCACAAACCAGAACUCUGUCCCUAGCCACUCCCAGGACUCUGCCCCCAGCCGUUCCUAGCACCCUGCCCCCAGCUCCACCCAGCACCCUGCCCCCAGCUCCACCCAGCACCCUGCCCCCAGCCGCUCCCUCCUCCCGGCUGUGGACCACCGAGUGCGACGGGACUGUGGAACUGAGGAUGUCGGAGUCUGGGACGGGCGCCGUGGCACCCAUCACUGUGCACGAGAUGUUCACCAGGACGGUGGAUAAGUUCGGGGAUGAGACCGCACUGGCCUGGAAGGAGGGUGAGGAAUGGAGGAAGCUCCCCUACAAAGAGUACUAUGAGCAGUGCAGAGCUGCCGCUAAGAGCUUCCUCAAGCUGGGCCUGGAGCGAUAUCACGGGGUAGGCAUUCUGGGCUUCAACUCUACCGAGUGGUUCAUCGCCGACUUUGGAGCCAUAUUCGCUGGCGGGUUUGGUGUGGGCAUCUAUACCACAAACUCCCCGGAAGCUUGCCAUUACGUGGCAGACAACUGCAAGGCCGAUAUCCUGGUAGUAGAGAACCACAAGCAGCUACAGAAGAUCCUAGAGGUUCAAGACCAGCUUCCCCACUUAAAAGCCAUAGUUCAGUACAAAGAUGAAUUAAAAGAAGCAAGACCAAAUGUAUACACGUGGGCGGAGUUCAUGCAGCUGGGGAAAGAAGUACCCGAUGCCCAGUUGGAUGACAUCAUCGCCAGCCAGAAACCCAACCAGUGCUGCACCCUGAUUUAUACCUCAGGAACAACAGGGCAACCUAAGGGUGUGAUGCUGAGCCAUGACAACUUGACCUGGUUGGGCAAAACCACUGCAGAUUAUGCAGAGAUCACUGACUCCGAGGUGGUGGUCAGCUACCUGCCGCUGAGCCACAUCGCUGCACAGAUGUGUGACAUGUGGCUAAUGCUAGCAUGUGGGGGGUCCACCUACUUCGCUCAACCGGACGCUCUUAAGGGCAGUCUGGGCACCACACUUAAGGAAGUGCGGCCCACGUCCUUCGUGGGCGUGCCUCGCGUGUGGGAGAAAAUGCAGGAGGGGAUCAAGGCUGCCUCAGCCAAGGGCCCCACCAUGCGCAAGAAGGUGGGCGCCUGGGCCCGGCGCGUGGGGCUGCAGACCAACCUCAACAAGAUGCACGGCACAGCACCUUCUGAAGCCCCCGUGAACUACCGGCUGGCGAAGAAGGUGGUGUUCCAGAAGGUCCGCAAGGCCCUGGGUCUGGAUCGCUGCACCAAGUGCUUCACCGGGGCUGCACCCAUCACCAAGGAGACACUGGAGUUCUUCCUGAGCCUGGACAUCCCUCUCAUCGAGCUGUACGGCAUGAGCGAGAGCUCUGGGCCCCACACCAUCUCACUGGAGCACAUCUUUCGCCUCACCAGCUGUGGCAAGAUAAUCCCUGGAUGCAAGACAAAGAUCUUCAACCCGGAUAACAAUGGGGAUGGAGAGAUCUGUAUGUGGGGCCGACAUGUCUUCAUGGGCUACCUCAACAUGCCCGACAAGACUGCGGAUGCGCUGGACGCUGAAGGCUGGCUGCACUCUGGCGACCUGGGCAAGCAGGACGCCGAUGACUUCCUCUUCAUCACAGGGCGCAUCAAAGAACUGAUCAUCACUGCUGGUGGAGAGAACAUCCCACCAGUGCCAAUUGAGGAUGCAUUGAAGGAGGCUGUACCGCUGAUCAGUAAUGCCAUGCUCAUUGGAGACCAGAGGAAGUUCCUCUCCAUGCUGCUUACCAUCAAGUGCCAGUUGCACCCUGACACGGGUGCACCAUUGGAUGAGCUGACGGAGGAGGCGGUGAAGUUCUGCCGCAGGCUGGGAAGCAGCGCCACGCGGGUCUCGGACAUUGCUGGUGGGAAAGACCGCGCCGUCAACGCCGCCAUCCAGGACGGCAUCAACCACACAAACGAGCGUGCCACCUCCAACGCCCAGCGCGUCCAGAAAUGGGUCGUGCUGGAGAGAGACUUUACCCUUCCGGGGGGAGAGCUAGGACCCACAAUGAAGCUGAAGAGGCCAGUGGUCUUGAAGAUGUACAAAGAGCAGAUUGAAAACUUCUAUAAAGACAUCCAGACUACUACAAACCCAAUGAACAUAGUGCUUCAAGACUGAAAAUGCCAUCUAAUAUAAUUCAUUAUAAUAAUCACCUGGCCAGAGAAGACCAAGUCUACAGAAAUGCUCCUCGUUUUAAUUUCUCUGGAAAAUGUGAUGUUCCAUUUCGUAUUUUUUUAAAACUUUGAUGCAAUGUUUUGGGUGUGGUAAAAUUGAUUGUAAAUAUUAAAUUGUCUUUUUAAUCGGUAUCAAUAAAAAUGAUGAAUUAAGUGAUCGUAAUUGCAAAUCUCAGUAACCAUCAUUUAUCUUUGUAUAUGUACUGUAUGUCUGUAUAUAAAGUGGCCUCCAGAAUGAUUUGCACCCUUGAUGAAUAUGCACAAACAAUUGUACGUUAUUGAAAUAAACUAUUUUCCAACAUG